AUGCCUACUCAAUUAGAAGAAUUAGUUUCAUUUUUGCAUUCACCUCAACCUGCUGUGAGACAGAUUGCACUCGAUAACUUGGUUGGUUUCAGUACUGGUCCUAGUGCUUCUAUAUUCAAAUAUGAUAAUUAUAGAGCUUUGGAUGACUUGAAAGUUUUGAUGAAGGAGAAAUCCAGAACACUAGUGCAACAAUCCGCUACUGUUUUGGCCAACUUAUGUGAUGACGCGGUUAUGAGAAAGAAGUUGGCAGACGAUAAGGAGUUUCUAGAAUACUUGACAUGGAAGAUCUGUGAUUUAGGAAAUACAAGUUCCGAUAUUAUGUGUAUUUUGUUGAGUAAUCUGUCAAAGGAGGAUUCUAUCACAUAUGUAUUUGAAAUUGUAAGAGAAGACAAUGACAAAGAUUUACCACCACUUGACAAGGAUGUGUUUAAGAGCAAAAGAGUUAUUGACUGUUUGAUGGACUGUUUUGUCAAAGGCUAUGAUAGGGAACUUAACAAAUUUGCCAAUUAUGACUAUCUGUCUUAUUUCUUUGCCGAUGUUUCAAGAUUUAAAAUCGGUAGAACAUACUUUAUCGAAACCCAAGAAUAUGAUGGUGUGGUUCCAAUCUCUAAACUACUUGUUUUUACUGAGAAAUAUGACUCAAAGACCAGACGUGAAGGUGUUGCUUCGACAAUCAAGAAUUCUCUCUUUGAUUCAGAGACUCAUGAAAGAAUACUUACAGAUGAAGAAAUCAAUUUGUUGCCAUAUAUAUUACUACCAAUUGCUAGUGCUAAGGACUCAGAAAUUGAUGAAGAGGAUAUGUUUAAUUUGCCGGAUGAAUUACAGCUGCUUCCGGAAGACAAAACAAGAGAUCCUGUCCCAUCCAUUGUUUGCACACACUUAGAAAGUAUUCUGUUAUUGUGUACCACUAAGGCAGCCAGAGAGUUCAUGAGAAGUAAAUCCGUAUAUCCUUUGAUCAGAGAAUUGCAUAAAAAUGUGGAAGAUGAAGAUAUUGGGGAACUGUGUUACAGAAUUGUAAAUAUGCUAAUGAGAGGUGACCCUAAUGCACCUGUGGAAGAAAUGCCUGCCAAGAGUGUGGAAGACGGUGAUGAUGAAGAUGAAGAUGAUGAAGAUGCAUUGAUGGAAGUAGCAUGA